AUGCUUUACCUCGUCGUCGCAUCGAUCAGACUUCGCCUCACAGUCGCGUUGAUCAAGCUUUACCUCAUCGAACAAGCUUCGUCUUGCUGUCGCAUCGAACAAGUUUCGUCUUGCUCUCGCAUCGAACAAGCUCGCCUUGCUCUCGCAUCGAUCAAGCUUCACCUUGCUCUCGCAUCGAUCAAGUUUUGCCUCGCCGUCGCGUGGAUCAAGUUUUGCCUCGCCGUCGCGUCGAUCAAGCUUUACCUCGCCGUCGCGUCACCUUCACUGACUUCGCUUCAUCGUCGCGUCGAUCAAACUCCAGCUCAUCAACGUCACCUGCCGCAAUUGAAUCACCUCAUCGCAUCAUCACCUCGUCGAGUCGUCGGAUCCACAAAUCAACCUUGCGUCAUCGCAUCGCCCAAUCUUUUUAGAUUCAACUCGUUGUCGCGUCGAUCAAGUUUCGUCUCGACUAAUCAUCGCUAA